AUGUGCAAGUACAUUGAAUGCCCCUGGCAGAGACUUUACCGCGAAGUAGCCGUGUGGAUCAGACUGAGGCAUGCACAUGUUCUCACUCUUCACGGUAUGGUCUCAGGUUUUGGACCAUUGCCUGCCCUUGUUUCUACAUGGAUGGAUAAUGGGGCACUUGAUGGUUACCUGGGGCGCAUGAGCCUCACCAUGGAACAGAAACUAAAGCUUUUGAAACAGGUGGUGGAUGGCUUGAGAUAUCUUCAUGAACAGGAAAUAAUUCACGGGGACCUGACCAGCGCAAAUAUUGUAAUCGACCGCGAUGGCAAUGCAUUUUUGGCAGAUUUCGGUUUCUUGACAGUUGUCGCAGAGAGUAACAGAUCGUACUACAACUCGUUUGCGAGUGGUGCUGUCCGGUGGUUAGCGCCCAAAUUGAUUGGCUCACCGGAACCAGACAACAAUCCGGAUAACAGUGACAGCGAUGUCAACCUGCAAAAACCGAGCAGUCAGAGCGAUAUAUUUUCGCUCGGUUGCAUCAUGCUACAUGUCUUCUCGGGUAAACUUCCCUUCUGGUGGCUUAAAAGUGCUCGACAGCUGCUCAACGCUCGAUUCAACCGCGUAGAGCCAUAUCGGGUCGAGCCCAGUGUAACCGUUAGCCACCAGCAUUUGGAUUUCAUGCGGAAAUGUUGGUCAGCCAAGCCUGAGGCUCAUCCUUCCACUGGAGAUGCUGCUUCCUUUGUGGAAUACAAACUGGGACGUGCAAGUGGCGCCGUGACUAUACUACAGCCGGUCAAUUCUGUAGACACCACUGCCACCUCUGCAGAUUCCGCAAUCCGCCCGUUGAUGAUACCAGUCGUACCAGUGCCAGUAUCCAGUAUCACUAUGCAGCUAUCACCACAAGUUCAGCCAGUCCCAGUAUCCGAUAUCACUAUUUUGCAGCCAAAUGCAUCAAUUCAAAUAUCUGCACUGCAAGUCCAGGUGCAGUUUGAUCUUCCUAUACCAUCCAACUUCAAGACUGUGGAUGGAAAUCUUGCACCAUAAAUAUUUCACGUGACUCUGGGUUAUAAGUCGCUUGAAUACUGUCUUGUUGUCAAACACGCCGGUCCGUUAUAGAUGAACUGCCAAUUAGGGCGGCCAAUAGUCCAAGUCAAGUUGCAGUGGAUGCACAUUAGUCCCAGAUGCUAACGG